ACGAGGUACGUUCUUUUGAUCUUGCCACACCUCGGACCGAAUUAAUUCCGUUCACCUAUUCUAUGCGGCGGAAAGGGUGGGCCGAAAUGAGCCGGGCACGUAAACGAAGGUCUGCUGCGUCCUUUCGUUUCCUGACCACAUCCACGAUACGAUGUCUGACUUCGAGCCUGUUCUCCUGGCGCUUCCAUCGCUCACCCCUGCGCUGGCUUUGGAGGUCGUGCCCUAUGGCCUUACGAUCCAUCGUCUCUUCGUACAAGCCGACGGCCGCACACACGAUAUCGUUAUCGGGCCCGAGGACCCAGCGGGCCACGUCACGCAAAAGUAUACGAACACGAUCAUUGGGCGAUACUCGAAUCGCCUGCCCAUCGGUACGCACAAGAUCGAACGGCACGGGAUCAGCGCGGAGACCACUGCGUUACUGAACGAGGGUGCCAGGGUAUCGCUGCACGGCGGACCAGUCGGCUUCGACUCGGUGGGCUGGACGCUGUUAACACCUGAGAACCCACCGACGCUGUUCUCCGCGAAGGAGCUCGCGCAUAUCCCCACUGGCUCGUCGCCCUCCUCAUACGCUGUAUUCAGACUCGUAUCGCCCGACGGCGAUCAGGGCUUUCCUGGCAAGCUUGUCACCGAGGCACUUGUUGCUGUAGUAGAGCCUGGGGAGCAAGAACGACACUACAGGAAGCCCGGGGAUACCUCGGAGAACGAAGAGUAUGAUCUGGGAAGUGUUGUGCUUGUGUAUCGCGCCAAGCUAGAUGUCGAGGGCGGCGCAAAGGCGGUGACGCCGGUGAAUCUGACCCAGCAUUGGGGAUUCAAUCUUGAGGCAUCCCAGCGUGGAACUGACUCCACGACGGUGAAAGGGCAUAUUCUUAAUAUGAAGGCCGACAACAUUGUGAAACGCGAUCCAGACAGUCUGCCUAUUGGACUCAUCCCCACCGCCAAUACUCCUCACGCACACACUACCAAGGCCAUCGGCGAUCAAUAUCCCGAUCCAGGAUAUGACGACUACUACUUCUUUUCUCCAUUCGAGCGUGCUCCGACGCGCGUCCCGCUGUCGUCCUUUUCUGAGGUUGACUUGAUUGGUGAUCUCCUCCGCCCUUCGAAUGGACCCAGAGCCCAGCGGGGGACUCGUUCUAUCCCAGUCACCGAAUUGUCGUCUACAAAGACGGGCUUGAAGCUGGUGUUUGAUACGAAUCAACCCGGCGCGAUGUUUUACACCAAUAUCGGCGCGAAUCCCAGCUCUGGAGCCCGGAAAAAGAUCCACGGAGGGUCUGGGGUCAAGGAUGCGGGAGAUUCUUACGAGCCUGGCACCGCGGCGUUUCUUGAAUUCCACGAACCGCUUGCUGCCUUCUUGGACCCGGCGAACAAGGAUAAGGAGGAUACUCUGUUGACGUCGGAUGAGCUUUACCAUAAUUACGUGCGGUGCGAUGUGAAGUUUAAGGAGCCGAAGAAAGCACAGUGAGAUGUCUUGUAAUAAUCCGAAUGUAUAUCAAGUUUCAAAGUCUACCGCUGAAUGAUGAUUGUUAUGAUCUGC